AUGACGAGCGCAUCUCUAAUUUAAACCUGCUCUACAUAUUUUUCUUUGCUGCGCCUUACUUAACCAUGUCACUUUUAGCGAUAGCUAAUUUCCUCCUGUCCCCCUUUUCGCUGAUUAACGCAACGAUUUACGGCUACAUUUUGGUGAACCUGCUCAUAACCAUAUUCCGCAUCAAUUUCUUUCUGCGUAAACAGACGAAACUGGAACAUUUGAUGGGCAUAUUUUCAGAAAAUUUUGGGCCAAUCGACGAGCUAGACAAGGAGAGCAGGCACAUGCGAUCCGCGUCCAAAAUGCGCAUCCUGAAACUCUCAGUGACGGCGGUGGUUUACAAUAUUAUUUCAGUUUUGAUAACAGCAAUCAUUCCUGCUUCAAACAGAAUAUCGCGUGCACUCGAGUGCCAGGAGGCGCAGUGUACGCGAGAAAUGAGCUACGAAAUAUGGUUCCCGACCGACAGCCACCUUAAACCAACGUAUUACUUUUUAAUUUUGUGGCAAAUGUUGUCGGCAUUGGUGUUCACGGCAAUUUCCUGCUCGUGCGACGCAUUUUGCUUCUCCUUGGUCGUUGCUGCGUCGGAAAGAGCUGAUUUUUUGGCACAGACUGCGCCUAUGGCUUUGGUCCCUGGCACAAGGGGGCAAAUCACCCCCAUUUUUAAAACCUGGAUUAAGCACCAUCAGUGCUACUUGAAGGCUGUUGCAGAAAUCAACGAAACUUUAGGAUCUUUGAUUUUCCUGACGCACGGAUUUACAGGCGUCAGCAUUCUUGCGUAUUGCUACUUUUUCAUGAGCUACCCAGACAACCCGAUCAACUCAGUGACCGUGAUGACUAUGGCUGGCUUUCUCGUCCAGAUAUUUGUUUACUCAUCGUGCGGCCAGCGGCUUAUAGACAAAAGCGAGAAUUUGGCGAAUCGCGUGCUGAAUGCAACGCAGGUGGCACGAGGCGGGCUUCAGGGCUCUGGCGGCGCGCGUGCAAGCCUGCUCGUCGUGAUAACGCGCCUCUCGGCCGGGGCGCCGCCCGAGCACGUCGAGCCGCUAGGCUUUUUCACCUCCUCCAUGGAGCUGUUCGUCAGGUUAAUCACGACGUCCGGCCUGUACAUCAUGAUUUUGUUGCAACUCCAAUGAAACGUGGCGUCACUUUCGUUUUUUAUGGUUUUGGUCUGAGCGUGAAUAAGCACCAACCACCACUUUGUUAUAGAACACAGAGCAUUUCUGGCGUACAACAGCAGGAAUAGUUAUUUAAGGGGGUGUUAAUCUCUCAAGCACUGGUUUUAAAAUAACAAAACAUGAGACAUAAUAUAGAGGAAAAGUUUUUAUUUAUUUCAACCAAAGAUAAGUUCUUAAUUGGUGAUUUAACCUUUUAAAAAUAAAUAUAGUAUAAACCGAGCUUAAAAUUCAAUUUUAUCAAUGUAGAUGAAACGUUGUGGUAACGCAUUUUUUAAGUUCAUAUAUUUAUAUACUCGUGUGAGAGAAGAAAAAUCACGCAUGGCGUUGGGUCUUAUGAAGAACAGGGAGGAUAUUGUUUUUGUAAGUUAUCUGUGGCUGACAUUUUAGUCUUUAAAAGUUUAAUUUUAGAUUUAGCAAAAUGAUUGAUGCGGAUGGAAUAUUUGCUGAACUAUUUUCGUAGAUUUUCUUAUCUGUAGAGCACAAAAAGCGUAAAUUUUACUUUGUAGGUUUUAUAACCGAUUAAAAGUGACAUAAAACUGACAAGCAAAACAACUAUCUCGUUUCUUCAACAAUGUUAAAUCCAUUUAUAAGAAACAUUUGUUCGGUAUCACAAAAAGUGUCGACUUAUGAGAAGAACCAAGGAUAAAGUAGUUGAUAAAAUAGAGGGCACGAUAGUCUAAAUUGUGAACUAAAUCUUCACCAUAAAAAUCACCACUCUUUUUCGAUCAUCACUUAUGCUGUAAACCUUUUAUUGCAUUUUACUUGCUUUUACGUUACAGACAGAGAAUAAGGCGCCCCCACUAAAAAAACGUAGACAGUGCGCGUUAUUUAAGCUUUGAUCAUUUUGAUAACCACCUUGUUUUGAGGAAAAGUUCGAGCUACUCUGAAAAAAGCCCCUAAAUUAAAAUUGAAAUUAAUUCUUUCAUUAUGAAUUGUGUUUGAUCAAAACACAGUUAAUUAAAAUACCCCUUUAAUCUUGCUACAACAAAGUACAGAGCGAAAACAGAGUUGAAAGGAAAUUACAGACAAAAUAUGGAGUUAAUUUUUUGAGUGAGUCUCUUUUACAUUUUCAAUGAUCGCAUAACCAUUCAUUUGUAAUUUCAGUGAAACGCAUUGACGUCAAACGAUGAAACGUGGCGUCACAUUUUGGCUUUGUAUGGUUUUGGUCCGGGCGCGCAAGCACCAACCACCCCUUUGCUGUUGGGGGGAGCACACCCUUCUGGCACUUCUAGCUUAUUGUAACGCUGCAUUAGCGAGCGCGGAGAACAGCAGGAAAAAACUGUUUUUGGCUG